AUGGCUGCCAAUGGAGCUCAAGCGAGCGCAGAGCAAAACAAGUUCUUUGAAGACUUUGGCGUCUGGAAAGACGCCCCGGUCUUGACUGGCAGCACCAAGUUCGAGCCGCUGCCGGGUGUCAAGAAUAUUAUGAUCACAGGCGGAGCAGGCUUCAUUGCAUGCUGGCUUGUACGACAUUUGACCCUGACCUAUCCCAAUGCAUACAACAUUGUCUCUUUCGACAAGCUCGAUUACUGCGCUUCCUUGAACAACACCCGCGCUCUCAACGACAAGCGCAACUUUACCUUCUACCAUGGAGACAUCACCAACCCCUCUGAGGUCAUGGACUGCCUGACCCGUCACAACAUCGAUACCAUUUUCCACUUCGCUGCUCAGUCCCACGUCGAUUUGAGCUUCGGGAACUCGUAUGCCUUCACCCACACCAAUGUAUACGGUACACACGUCCUGUUGGAGAGCGCAAAGAAGGUCGGCAUCAAGAAGUUCAUCCACAUCUCCACAGAUGAGGUCUACGGAGAGGUCAGAGAUGAUGACGACGAUCUGUUGGAGACCAGCAUCUUGGCCCCGACCAACCCAUACGCGGCUUCCAAGGCCGCGGCAGAGAUGCUGGUCCACUCUUAUCAGAAGAGUUUCAAGCUGCCCGUGAUUAUUGUGCGCAGCAACAACGUCUAUGGACCCCACCAAUAUCCCGAGAAGAUCAUCCCAAAAUUCAGCUUGUUGCUUCACCGUAAACAACCCGUAGUCUUGCACGGCGAUGGCACCCCCACAAGACGAUACCUCUUCGCGGGAGAUGCCGCAGAUGCCUUCGACACUAUUCUACACAAGGGCCAAAUGGGCCAAAUCUACAACGUUGGAUCCUACGAUGAGAUCUCUAAUCUGACCCUGUGCUCUAAGCUCCUCACCUACCUUGACAUCCCCCACUCAACCCAGGAAGAGCUCCACAAGUGGGUCAAGCACACGAUCGAUCGUCCCUUCAACGACCACCGAUACGCCGUGGACGGAACCAAGCUCCGCCAGCUCGGCUGGGAGCAGAAGACCAGUUUCGCGGAGGGCAUGAAGAUCACAGUCGAUUGGUACAAGCGAUUCGGGGAGAACUGGUGGGGCGACAUCACCAAAGUCCUGACUCCCUUCCCAACGGUUGCCGGCACCGAGGUUGUGGCUUCCCACGAGAAGGUCGAGGACAUCAACGACAACAUGAUUGUGGACUCUGAUGAAAAGAUGACCUUGGCGAAGAAGAGAAAGACCGAAGAGUAG